AUGGCGACGCCCGGUAAAAGCUUAGCCCGAGACCUCUUCGAAGACAUGGGGCGCAAGGUCGCAGAGGCGAGCCAGGAUGUUGAAGACAACGAGCAGAAGGUGGUUGAUGAGAUUGAGAGCUUGUGCAUGAACUGCCACGAGGACGGCACCACCAGGCUGCUAUUGACGAAGAUCCCCUUCUUUCGCGAGAUCGUCAUCAUGUCUUUCGACUGCCCGCACUGCAAUUUCCGCAACUCCGAGAUCCAACCCGCAGGCGAGAUACAACCGCGCGGCGCAAAGUACACGCUCAAGGUUGAUAGCAAGGAGGAUCUAAACAGACAGAUAGUGAAGAGCGACACCUGUAUACUCCGGAUAGAAGACAUCGAUCUUGAGAUUCCACCCGGGCGAGGACAACUGUCCAACGUGGAGGGCAUACUGAGCAUGGUGCAGCAAGAUCUCGCUCAGAAGCAGCCAGAGCGCAAGGAGCUAGUGCCGGAGGUCUGGCGAAAAAUUGAUGACCUAUUGCGGGCGCUUGGUAGGAUGAUCCAAGGAGAAAAUAUCGACUUCUCGAUAUCGGUGGAUGAUCCGGCAGGAAACUCCUGGAUAGAGCCCUCGCCUGACGAUAGAGCGGGCAAGUAUGCGCGGCACGAUUAUGCCAGGACCGCAGCGCAGAAUGAAGCGCUAGGCCUCGGGUCUGGGGAGGAGCAGACGAACGGUGCGCCCGACACCGAGAUCAGGCCAGAGUACCACGCGAGCGAGAUGUAUCCCCACAUGCCACCAUCCGGGCAAAUGGUCAACAACGUAGACGAAGAGGACAUUGUCGAGAACCAAGUCUACUCUUUUCCAGCAAGCUGCCCCGGUUGCAUGAAGUCAUGCACCACCAACAUGAAGAUGGUGAACAUUCCCCACUUCAAGCAAGUAGUGCUGAUGAGCACGGUAUGCGAGCACUGUGGUUACCGAAGCAAUGAAGUCAAGACAGGUGGCGAGGUUCCUGAUAUGGGCCGCCGCAUCACGCUGUCGGUUCAGAACAAGGAAGACCUGUCGCGCGACAUACUGAAGUCGGAGUCAUGCGCCAUGACCUGCCCCGAACUCAAUCUGAGCGUUGAGCCAGGCACUCUCGGCGGCCGCUUCACAACCGUGGAGGGCCUCUUGACGCAAGUCCGCGACGACCUCCGCUCUUCGAUAUUCGACACCGAUGACAACGAGUUUAGCGGCGGCGAUUCAAUGGACGCUACCUCAAAGUCGAAGUGGGAAGCCUUCUUCAGCAACCUCUCGGCGGCCAUCAACGGGGACGUCAAGUUCACCAUCUUACUGGAAGACCCGUUGGCCAGCAGCUAUGUGCAAAGCUACACGGCUCCAGAGCCUGACGCGCAGAUCACGGUGGAGGACUAUCAGCGCACGGACCAAGAGAAAGAGGACCUGGGGCUGAACGACAUCAAGACCGAGGGAUAUGAGAAUCCGGCGGGUGAGGAUGGAACGGCAGAGGAGGGGCAAGUCAAGGAGCAUCAGCGUCGAAAUGUUGAGACCUCCGAUACCGCGCAGGAUACACUGGCGACUGAGACUGGCACCCUAUCCUUGGAGGAGAAGGAGUCCCACGGAAGGCCAUGA